CAACGCCAUCAGCGAAAAUGCCUCGUCAACGUGGAGGAGCCGCUCCCCGCCGCCCGACGGCCGCCCCAGCACGCAAACCCGCUCCCCCGGCGCCGGCACCCGCUCGUCACUCUUCGACUGCUGCUCAUCCGCCAGCUCAGCAGCAUGCGCCGCCGACGCAGGCGAGCCAGGGACCCGGUCUUUUUGGACAGAUGGCGAGCACUGCUGCCGGUGUCGCAGUAGGCUCCUCCAUCGGCCACGCCAUCGGCGGCUUCUUCGGCGGCGGCUCCUCCGCGCCCGCCGAGUCCUCGCCCCAGAACACCGACUUCGCGCAGCAGCACCAGGAGAGCCAGGGAACCUACCAGAGCGGCGCCUGCCAGACGGACGUCAACAACUUCCGCAAGUGCAUGGAUGAGAACCAGGGCAGCUUGACCAUCUGCGGGUGGUAUCUGGAUCAGCUGAAGGCGUGCCAGCAGGCUGCUUCGCAGUACUAGAGGGUGGCGGCAGGAGAUGGAGAUAGAGAUGGGGAUUCUGUGAAAGAUACGGGAUGAU